AUGACGCAGGACCCCGGGUCCUCGAACCCUCCCGACGAACCUACAAAAGCUUCCGCCAUGGCCUCCGCAGAGCUGCACAAACAAUGCAUGGAUCUCCUCAACGACCUGGACUCCUUCCAGGCGCUCUUGAAAGCGACACUCCGCAACCCACAGCUCGUCGAGGUACGACAGUUCCGCUCAAACGUGAGCGCCGAGAUGAAGAUGCUUCUAAAGCUGGAAGAGCGGAUUAAAAGCCAGGUUGCAAAGUCCAAAAAGAAUGCGGAAGAGAGCUGCGACAAUGAGCUUCAGGGUGGAGAACAAAGUCAGCUGUCCGUUGGUGAAUGCCAGUCGGGUGUAGAUCCUGACGUGGAGAUGCGGCUGAUGCAUGCGCUGCGGUCAUCAAAUCUGCCGUUCUACCAGGCUGUGUGGGGCAUUGUGUUGAGUUCUUGUGAAGGACUGCUUGCAAUGGGGAAACGGUUUUACUGGGAUGGGGAGACGAAGGCACCUUGGAAGAAGGGUGUGAAUGAGAAGCAGGCCAAUAAAGAUAAACGCAAGAGUAUUUUUGUCGAUAUCGUGGCGGGCGAUGGGACGGAAUGGGUGAAGGUGUCGACUAUCUCGGAGAGCAGGCUACUCUUUGAAAUGGCGAAGAAAGGAUGGGAAGCGGACAGUGAGGAUGAGUUUUCGGGAUCAGGGAGCGAGGGCCCAGCGCGGCGAACUGUGCUACGCAACUUUGAUGGGGAGGAUCCAGGACAGGACGACGAUGAUGAUGACCUAGAGCUGAUCAAAUUGGCUCGAGAUCUGAGGAAAGCGGCCGAUGCUACGCGGGUGAGGUAUAGGCAUCCCCGACUACGGAUUGUUCUGCCCAAGAUUGAAGAAGGCAAUGUUCCUGAGAUUGAUGAUAUUCUGGCUGAGAUGCGGAGUUAUGGUAUUCAGGUUGAAUGUCAGGACAGUCUGUCAGCUAAGAUAGGCAGUACAGACCUUACUCGACUUCUGCCUCAGCCAUUCAAGCAUUUCACUUCCAUUCUGAAUGUCGAUUGCACUCUUCUGUUGGCAAUGGUGUCGGAUUUGUCUCACAUCAAGAACCUUCCCAUCUUGCCCAGUUUCCACAGGGCUAUCGUUCGGCAGAUAGAGGUUGACAAAGAGAUGCCCUUGCUCCCCAGCGAGCUCUGGCCAGCCAUGGGCUCUCGCGAACUGGUUUGCACCAGUGAGGCAGGUACACGAAUGCGCGAAAUUGUGAAUCUACUAGGGACCGAUACAGAAAAAGCUCGCAUGAGGAUCGUCAUGGGAGACCCUUCUGAGGAUGGUGGGAGCGAGUCACUUAUCAAACAAUUCCAGGCCUUGUCUGACCAUCAUGUGCCCAAUCACUGGAAGCUCCCCGUAAGGGUGAUAGACGCGCAGCCAGUGAUCGACGCCGGCUUAGCCGAGGGGAAGCUACCUCGUGUGGCCGAUGAAGUUGCAGAAGGCUUGUCGGAUAUAAAUUAUAGUGUUUUCAUGUAUGGGUGGGUUACAGGCACGACAACCAUCACCAGCAAUCGCACAAUCGAUAAACAGAUCGAAACUACCAUCGAAAAGAACCGAGACAACGACGAGGGCCUCGAGGGCCCCCUGGUCUGGGUAUGUGAUACAGCGAGAAGCUUAGUAGGAAAAGACAGGGACCGCAAAGACUAA